AGAGUCCACCCUCUAUAGUAUGUUGUAGCCCAUCUAAUCUAACUCUUCUUUCUCUCUCUUCUGCAAUCUGAAAAACCUAUCUUCUUCCUCCAUUGGGUUCAAUCCCACUGUUCAACAAUUACCACAACCAACAACUUACUCUCAAAUCCUUUCCCCAUGGCUUCUCACUGGUGACAAUUUCCAUUUUCAUGGAUUCUGACCGCCAUUUUCGUACCACCAGCAACAGCACUGCCUCCAGCGAGCUUUUCAUCUGCUUCACUUCUCGCUUGUCUUCUUCUUCCGCCAUGAAGAUCUCUUCCAAAUCCAUUCUCAGCCCCGGCCGCGCCAGAGAACCCUCCCAAAUCUCCCUUUCUACUUCUCUCAGCCGCCGCCUCAAGACCAGCGGCAGCCUCAAGGGCGGCCAGGCCUCGCCGAUGUUUCCCACCGGCGCCAAGAAGCGCGGCUGCGCGUUUGAUAAUCCCGAGCCCUCGUCGCCCAAGGUUACCUGCAUUGGACAGGUUAGGGUUAAGACGAAGAAGCAGGGGAAGAAGAUGAGGGCCAGAUCGCAGAAGCGGAGGAGUAAUUCCGAGGCGAGUUUUCGGAAAUCGGAGCAGGUUCAACCGCAGACCAAUGGCGGUGACCAGCAAUUCGUCGCGAAACAAUCGCAUCACCAUCUUCAUCUUCAUCGUCAGAAUAGUAAUAGCAGUGGGGGAAACGGUUUCCAGAUUCAGAACUCGCAGCAGCAGGAGUGCUUGUCGCAUCGGAACCAGCGAUGGGUGCAUUUGCCGUUCACGAUUUGCGAGGCGCUUAGGGCUUUUGGAGCAGAGCUCAACUGCUUCUUGCCGUGCCAUUCCUCGUGUACCAGCGACAGGGAUAAGGAAUCAAAGCCUGCCGCGAAGUCGUCGGAGAGCGAGAGUUCUUGCGGGACGGUGUUCGCGCGGUGGUUGGUGGCAGUGCAGGACGGCGACGGCCAGGGAAGGGAGAUCGAGCUGGUGGUCGGAGACGAAGAAACUCGAAUGGAGAAGGAUAACGGGAGCCAGAGGCGGCAUGUCUUCGAGGGAGUAGAUUUCAAAGACAAGAGCGAAGUUGUGGAGGAGGAAGAAGAAGAAUCCAGGAUCAGCAUUUGCAUUCCUCCGAAGAACGCCUUGUUGCUAAUGAGGUGCAGAUCUGAUCCAGUGAAAGUGGCAGAGCUGGCCAAACGAUUCUGCGAAUCUCCUGCGCCAAAAGUCGAAGAAGAAGAAGACGAGGAAGAUGAACAAAAAGACAAGGAAGAGAAAUCCAGACAAAAGGAAGCAGCAAAAAUGGACGCGCCUCUCACUGUGAUACUGAGUAACGAUGAAGACGAAGAAGAAACGAAAGUUGAACUAAAUGUCAAGCUUAAAAACGAUGAAGAAAUGAGUGAAGAAUCUGUUUCUGAUGGCGAAGAAGAAAAUUAUUUAGUUUUGCAGCAAGAAGAAGAACAUAACGAGGAGGAAACCCUAGAAAUAGCCACAGAUAACGAAAUCGAUGUACAGAAAUUAGACAUUACUGUAAAUCACCACAAUCAAGAAGAACCAGCAGAGGACGAACAAGAAGAAGAAGAAGAACACGAGAACAACAACAACGACGAAGAUAAUCAGCCAGAGGAAUUAGCAGAAGAAACAAGGGCGAUUCCAUCCCACUGUGAUCCGGAGCUGGCUCAAGAUGCAGAGAAAGUAGAAUCAGCAGAAGAAGAAGACGAAUCCAAAUUUCUCCAUGGAAACGAAUCCAUCAACGAAAUAGAAGACGACGAAGAACAGACUGAAGAAGAAGGCGAAAAUGGCGGAAAUCCCGCAUCGCCUUCGUUAUCAGUUGAGACAGAAAGAGCAGCGGAAGACAUGGAAGAAACUGAAGCUGAUGUAAAUUGGGAAGAAGAAGAAGAAGAAGAAGAAGAGACGAUUCAUUGGGAAGACAGAGAGAAAGCGACAGAGGAAGAAGGAAUGAGACCCGACAUCGGAGACGGCGGCGCAAUGGAGGAGUCAAAGGAGCGAGAAACUCCGGCGGCGGAAGCGAAGAGAGAAGCAGAAACCGGCGUGCUCCCAGAUUGCUUGCUUCUGAUGAUGUACGAACCGAAGCUAUCAAUGGAGGUUUCGAAGGAGACGUGGGUUUGCAGCACGGAUUUCAUCAGGUGCGUUCCGACGAGGGA